AUGGCAUCCGACAAUAUUGUCUCUGCCGAAGUUGUUUUGGCCGACGGAAGAUUCCUUUCCCCAGUGAAUAGCACCUCUCAUUCUGAUCUCUUCUUUGCCCUCAGUGGCGCUGGAAACGCAGGUUAUGGUAUCAUCACUUCUCUCAACAUCAAAAUUUAUCCCAUCCCCGAAAAGGUCACCUAUUUUCAGCUGUCCUAUGAUGAUUCUAAUAUUCAAAAUGUAUUUGACGCCUAUGGUCGAAUUGGAACGUUGUUGAGUGAAGAUUUCUCCUUAUAUCUAACAUUGUCUCCGAGGGAGAUAUGGGGAAAUAACAGUUGCGCAUCAGCGGAUGAAAUCAACCUGUUUUGCAUGGGUACAUAUCUCGGUUCACUUGAAGAGGCUAAAGCAAAGUUAUCGGAUUAUUUGAAUCACUCGAGUCCGAUAUCGACCGUAUUUACCGAAGCGACGUGGUACGAGGAGAUACUGAGUUUUGUGGGCGGUGGUAAUUUGGAGAACCUGAUUAAUCCAGGCUUUGACCCCGAACCAUCUAAGGUAAAAUCAUUUUUCAUCGAUCCGCCUGGACUUUCCGAAGAAGCAGUGACAGUGCUGCAAACCUUUAUAAACACGGUGAAAUGUCGCACGUUAGCAAUGUUUGAAUUGUUUGGCGGUGGGGUCGUUAACAAUUUCUCACCAAUCGAGACAGCAUUUGUGCACCGGAACUCACUAUACCUACUUCAAUUUGAAAUGAAGUUGCGUGGAGUGGACGAGAUUGUAAGACAAGAGUGUUUGGAAGAAAUUAAGAAUUUCAGCUUGAUAUUUCAAGAAUAUUACACUUCAUACUAUAGUUAUCAGAAUUAUAUCGAUAGUGAAUUGACAGAUUGGGGGCAUAGAUAUUACGGACAACACUUUGAGCGCCUGGUGGAAAUUAAAGCAAAGUACGAUCCGCAUAACUUGUUUAAUUGGAACCAGAGUAUUCCCAACAGCGUCAUUUCAUAA